AUGACCACCACCAUCACACACAACCCGGGGAGGCAUCGCAGACGCUCAAAGGCCAAAAGGCGUUCUCACCAAGCUCUCUCCCUCUGUCCCUCUGCUGCGGUGUUUACCAAACGAAUGACCACCACCACCACCAACAACAACAACAACGACGACGACGACGACGACGACGACGACGACGACGAAAGAAGGGGGAGACAAGGACCGUACCUGAUUUCGCAGAGUGCACCAGGCAAGAGGCGGCGCCGAGGCAAACCGAGAUCAAGAGGCACGGGCGUUGAAAGGCGCGAAGGACCUUUCGAUUUGGGAAAAAAAAAACAGCAGGUCGGGGACCCGGGCCGGGAAGGGGGAGGCAGGAAGAAACCGUCGCAGAACAACAGGCGAGGGGGAGGGAAGAGCGCGACUCGGGAUGAGAAAUUGGCUCGCAGCGUUGACGGAAAAACUCAACGACAACGCUCGACUGAUGAGAUGCGUGGCUUGGUGGCCUUUGGGCUCAUGGUCAUGCUUGCAUGGGCAUGCCAUGCUUCGCAACAAGAAGAGGCUUGUGCGUCAUGCUCGGCUCGCAACGAUGAAGGGAGAACCUGCCGCCGCACCGCCGUUUUGGUGGAACCCACAAGACGAACCUCGACAUCCAUUUCCUGUGGAUCAUGGUAUCCGCGCGUGACUGGCAUCGCUCUUUACGCUUACAACGCAUCGUAUGAAGCAACCUCCUACCGGGUCGAGGUAGUUGCAUCAAACCCCACUCUAAUAAUAUGGAACACCACUUUGCACGGCACCUCUGCCGAUGGCUGCCUCUUCGACACUGGCAGCAUCACCUCCCCCACCACUUCCAACCUAGAGGUCCGCUUCAUCAACAUCGGCAAUGAGCCAGCCUUGUUCUAUUUCGGCCUCACGCAAACAUGUGUUGCCAACCGCUCCGAACCUUACUUUCCCCCGACAACGCCGGCGCCGCCAACGCCCCCUCCAACGUUGGCACCGGGUACUUGUAGUCAAGACGCCGGUCCCUAUUGCGCCAUGCAGGCCGAUUGCCUCGGCCUGACCUGCCGAUUGCCUGUGCCCAGCUUUGAGGCCGUUGACAUCAUUCUCCGCUUCCAGACCUGCGAUGCUUCAGACCUUCACCUCACCGUCAACGCCCAAGACGUCUACAGCCCGGAAAAGUGGGACAUGGGCACCGCCCGAACGGGCACCGUCAUCUCCGUUCCCACAGCCCUGCAGUCUCCCCACUUUCGGAUCCAUGACCUCGACAUGGACAACCUCAACCAGCUCACCCUCACCCUCAACGCGUCCUCAACCAUGGUGGGCGACCUCGACAUCCCUACCCUCCACACCCGCAUCGCCUCAGACACUUGCGCUCGCACGACCCCGCCGCCAAAUACCCGUUCAAAAAAAGUCGACGCUUGCUGCUGCCGCCAUCGCUGGUCUUGUCAUUGGCAUUUGCCUGCUCCUCUGCCUCCUUGUCGCUGCGGUCCUCUAUUUUCGUGCCCACUCGCAUCUCCACCCUGCCGUUCGUGCCUCAGACGCGUCCGAACUUGUUCAAGCCAACUCGCUCGGCGAAAGUCAAGCUUCGGCUUGGGCCCUGCCAGAGUCAACCCAUGCUUAAUGGACCGCUCCCAGCAAACUGAUGUAUCCAGCUUCUUUUGUGAACUAAUUGAUCUAGCUAGCCAAACCCUCUAG